CCCUUUUUCUGCUGUCAAUUUGACAGCUGUUUGUUGACAGUGGUGCGUUGUGUGAAUGCGAUAGAAGAUGGUGGGUAUGUUUGUCUCGUGUGUCAAAACACGAUCAGCUGUGCGAAUGUUGUUGUUCGUGAACGUGUUGAACGGCAGAAUAAAUAAAGCCGGCUUUCGAUAAAGUUUUUCACUAAACACCACUGUUCCAUGGCAUUGCGGUGCUGUUAACGGCGAAUCUUUGAAAGUUGUGCAGCGUUAGUUUAAUAAACUAUCAACACGGCAAAAUGGUAACGAGGUGGAUUUUCUCAAGACGGUUCUCUUCCCAAGUGCAGCACUCGUUCGUAACCACUCCAAUAUUCUACGUGAAUGCGGCGCCUCACAUUGGCCAUCUCUAUUCAUCUGUGAUUGCCGAUGCAAUUCAUCGCUUUAAUCAAAUCACCAGCGGCACAGAAUCUGGCGCAUGUUUUCUUAGCACCGGAACCGAUGAGCAUGGGUUGAAGAUUCAGCAAGCCGCGAUUAAGCAUUCCACCUCGACGGAGGAUUAUUGCAAUGCUAUUGCGUCCAAGUAUCGCGAACUGUUUGCGAGAUUUAAAAUCGACUACACGCGGUUCAUCCGAACCACCGACACGGAUCACCGUCAGGCGGUGCAUGCCUUUUGGCGAUCGUUGGCCGCUUCCGACAGUAUCUAUUCGGCAAGCUAUUCUGGAUGGUACUGUGUGCCGGACGAGACGUUCCUUACCGACAGCCAGCUGAAGGAAAAUGAGCGGGGCGAAAAAUGUUCCCUCGAGUCAGGGCAUCCGGUCGAGUGGACGGAGGAACAAAACUACAUGUUUCGCUUGGGUCGCUAUCAGGAAGAGGUCAGGCAUUGGGUAAAGGGUUUGGAAGGUCGUCGCAUACAGCCGGACAAAUUUAGCCGUAUAUUGCUACAAUACUUGGAAGAGCCACUGCCAGAUAUAUCCAUCUCGCGGCCAAUGAGUCGUGUGUCGUGGGGUAUUCCCGUACCGUCGGAUCCAUCACAAUCGGUGUACGUGUGGCUUGAUGCGCUGGUAAACUAUCUAACGGUGGCAGGGUAUCCGCGGGAAAACUUUCAAACCCGUUGGCCCCCAACUGUGCAGGUGUUGGGGAAAGAUAUUCUUAAAUUUCAUGGCAUCUAUUGGCCUGCCUUCCUGAUGGCGGCAAACUUGGAACCACCCCGGCAACUGCUGGUCCAUUCGUACUGGACCGUUGAUAAUCAGAAAAUGUCUAAAAGUAAGCAGAACGUGGUGGAUCCAAAUGAACGUGCGGAACUGUAUACCCACGAAGGCCUGCGAUACUUUUUACUCCGCGAAGGGGUGGCACACAGCGAUGGAAAUUACAGCGACACAAAGAUUCUGCGAGUAUUAAACUCGGAGCUGGCCGAUACGCUUGGUAACCUGCUGUCACGGUGUUGUGGGAAAGCUCUUAAUGCGGCAUCCGUAUUCCCAGCGAUAGAUAAGGACGCUUUUGAAGCGUUGAAAGCAGUGGAUGCCACAAAACGGAUGCUGGAAGCACUGGAAGAAAUGCCAGACAAAACGCUAAACCAUUAUAGAAACUUCAACUUUUAUCUCGUUGUGGAUACUGUCGUCCAUCUUCUGCACACGGCAAACAACUUUUUCGAAACCACCGCACCCUGGAAACUGAAGAAAAGUGAUGAUCCAGCCGAUCAUGCCAAGCUGAACACCAUUCUUUCCAUCACAAUGGAAGUACUCCGCCAAACGGGGAUCGUUAUGCAACCGAUCGUGCCGGGACUCUCGGCACAGUUACUGGAUAAGCUGCACAUUUCUCAUACAGCUCGCAGGUGGAACGAUCUGAAGGUAUGUCUCCGGUCGCAGGAUACUCCGUUGUCUACGGACGAAUGCAUACUUUUUCGGCGUAUUGUCCCACCGGUCCAACCAGCGAGCAGCGAAACAAGCCGACCCGAAAAAAGUGUACCAAAAAAGCGAAAACAGUCUAACUGAAAGCAUCGGAUUUAAGGAGCGAGUAAAAACAAAAAAUUGUGAAGAAAUUAGUAAAAUAGAAAUUUAAAAUGCAUCAAUCCAUGUCCGACUGCAUAAAGAGGCUGCGUUCGUUGGCUGUCAAACUCGGUACGUACGCAACCAAAACCAGCCAUUUGACAGCGUCAGACGAGUUGACGUUCGUCAUCUGGUGUAUGUGGAAAGUCUGCGGAUCGCAGCAAAGCGACGGGAAAUAAAUAAAAAUUGUGCCGUUU